AAUUACACCUAUUGUGUGUCGCCAUAAAAAGGCGGCUGUACCUCUGAAAGUGGGCGUCUUAGAAUGGUUUGAAUUUCUCAUCUUUCAUCACAACACUCUAUCAAAAUGUCGGAACAACAUAACCUUUGACCCGGGGUGGACGUAUUUACGCAGCGGCUCAAAUUAAGAUGGCGGCUGUGCCAUAUGAAAACAAGACAGUCAUACUAUUCUUAGGCCGAUCUGGAAACGGGAAAACGAGUUGUGUCCAGACACUCAAUGAUAAAGUCAACACUGACCUAUUACUAGUUGAAUGUCCAGAUGUGGGGAACACAGAAGAGGAAUUGCAGAAGGACAUGGACACACUACUGAAAGACACAGAGAAAUUAGUCCAGUACCUAAGCUCUAAAUAUGGCGGCAUAGUCGCUCUGGUCUUCGUUCUGAAAUAUGGCGUCAGAUUUACGAAACAAGAGAAAGACGCUGUCGAUGUUGUCAAGUAUCUGUUUGGUGACAGUGUGUUCAGUGACAGGGGAAUCAUAGCCUUCACUUAUGGAGACGUCUUUGACCUCGACUAUGGAGACACUCCAGGCAAAGCUGAACGUUUCAUGGACUGGUGCAGGGAACAAAAAGGAGAUAUUGAGAAACUCUUUCAAGAAGUGAACUACAGAUGUGUUCUACUGGAUAACAAAACAAAGACAAAGGAACGGAACUACAACCAAGUCAAACUGAUAUCAGAGUUCGUAGAUAGCAUUGGACAGCAAUGUAAACCUAUUGAAACAUUACAUCUUAUCGAUACAUUGAUUACACCCGAUCAACACAAGGACUCGGAUGAUAGAGGCGAAUCAAGGGUUGAUCUAUAUGGACUUAUCACUGACCGUUGUGUCAACAUAUUUACAUAUUUUAGAACUAACGUAAUUGACCCAGGUGUCAGGCUUCUUAGGUCUGGGUUAUUUCUAAUUAACCCGCUUUCACGUCUAUGUCCACGAUCAUCACAAAAUGGAGAUGGACCUGUUGAUACGCGGACAGCGAAUACCGAAGAUGCAGAGUACGUGUUAUUGGACCUAACGCCCUCAAGUAGACACCAUUGAUGUAGAAAUGCUUGAGAUUGGUGGCGAAGAUGUCUCUAGCUAACGUACAAUAGACUCUUGUCAUAACACAAAUCAAUAGAAUGCUACAAUUAUAACAGACAGCAUUAGAAUGGUUCCAUUAAUAAGAAUCAUUAGAAUGGUUCCAUUAAUAAGAAUCAUUAGAAUGGCUCCUUAAAUGGCCAGUUUGUAAUUUAAAUAUAAUGAUCAAAUGGCCAUGUUAGCCUAAAGAGGACUCAGGAGGCCGUGUGGUUGGCUUAUGUAUUAUGUUUGGUCUUACGCAUGAUGUUAGCUAUUAUCUUACCAUUUCUUCUAAAGUAAUGAAUUUCUUUGAAAAGUACCCAAGUGUUUAUCUAAAUGUUUAUCAUGUUUUUCAAACUUAUCAUUUGGUUUGUUAUCGGGCUUCUGGAGUAUGAGUCACUUGUUAUUUUUUGGAAUCUUGUUUGAUUGUCUACAAUUAAUCUAGAUCUAAAUCAAUUUUGUUUCCAAUAUUUAUUACCUUUAGGACCAGUAGUUGUGUGACUUAAAACUAUUUUUUUUUUACAAUGCUUAUAUCAAAUUACACUGUCCGGUAAAAUGUUUGUAUAUAUUAUCUCUCCCACACCCAACCUCGGAUCAAGUUGAAAUUUGCACAAUUAUUUCUAGUAACUUACAAAACAAGUCAAUAAAAAAAAACACUUAAACUUUUGGUAAUUAAUUAUUUUGUUUGAGAUCGAACAAGGAAAAUAAUUCGUACUUGACAGAUGUGAAGGUAUAAGUUGAAUUAGUCCCCUUGAGCCCUUAGUAAACACUUUCUUUUUGUAUGCAUUUAACAAAGCAUUCGCUGUGAGAGUUACACAGAUACCCCCUUCUCUCCCCCCUUCCCUUUACUGUUUCCCAACUGGUCCAGACAAGUGAUAACAUCAAGGCGUAGUGAUAAAGUGAUAACAUCAUGGCGUAGUGAGAAAGUGAUAACAUCAUGGCGUAGUGAGAAAGUGAUAACAUCAUGGCGUAGUGAGAAAGUGAUAACAUCAUGGCGUAGUGAGAAAGUGAUAACAUCAUGGCGUAGUGAGAAAGUGAUAACAUCAUAGCGGAGUGAGAAAGUGAUAACAUCAUAGCGGAGUGAGAAA